UUCUUCGUUAAAGCCUCUUAAAAUGUACGAACUGGACUUUUGCGGUCGUUCUCGUCUCCUUUCGCAUCUGCUCGUUCGGCCACCGAAACCCUAACCCUAGCUCUCAUUCUCUGUGGCGGAGCGUUCUGAUGGCGUGGUCGACCCGCUUCCUCACGGCGGUGGCGUUCCUCGCGGUCGGCGUCAUCUUCGCGCCUGACGUCCUCGGAUCGGGGCCGGAAUCCCCCGCUGCCGUUGUCACCGCCGCCAAGCUGUGCCACCUCCUCGCCUUCGCUACCUCCUGGGGCACCGCCCUCUGGGUCACCUUCAUCGGCGGCAUCAUCAUGUUCAAAAAUUUGCCGAGGCAUCAGUUCGGUAAUCUUCAGGGCAAGAUGUUCCCGGCGUACUUCAUGGUGUUGUCUGUGUGCGCGGCAGUUUCGGUGGCAGCGUUCGCCUAUCUCCAUCCAUGGAGCUUGGCCUCACCCAUUGAAAGGUACCAGCUUGGUUUUCUCCUUUCUGCGCUUGGCUUCGACCUCUCCAACCUGAUUGUCUUCACCCCAAUGACCAUCGAGAUGAUGAAGAAGAGGCACAAGAUCGAAAGAGAUCUAGGCAUUGGUGAGGAAGUUGGAGGGUCGAAGAAUUUGGAAGCGGCAAAAACCAAUCCACAACUUGCAGCUAUGAACAAGAAAUUCGGAAUGAUCCAUGGCUUGUCGUCACUUGCCAACAUCAUGGCAUUUGGCAGCCUUGCCAUUCAUUCGUGGUACUUAGCUGGAAAGCUUCACUUCUGAACAAAGCAAGUCUUCAUGGUUUCUGGAAACUGCACAAUCAUGUGGUGUAGAUGCUUAUGCACAAAUUCCCUACUAUCUAUGGUGUUAAACAUUGCUCAUGUGAUAUGAAAUUUACUUUUACUUUCUAA